UUUGUACAAAUGACAACCAUGAACAGCAGGCUGGAGGAGAAUGACAAGCAUUCUGUUGUGCUCCUCCCUUUCAGAACCCUUUCCAGGCGCCGUAUGAAUCAGCUAAACCAGAAAUACAGGUAAAGAAAGAGGUGGAGGAGGUGGAAAGGCAAACAUAUUGCAAGGGAGCACGAGGAGGAGAAAGCAGGUAAGGGAACACAAGUUGUUUAAGGGAAACUGGAGCAGCUAAAAUUCGAUUGGCAGGAAAAUGGAAGAAACAGAAGUGGAUAUUGAUACCCUCAUUGAUGAGAUGGAUUAUAUUCCUGGUCACUUUCACCUAGAUAUGAACUUGAAUUUUGAAUCUUCUUCUCCUAUGAAUUUCCAAGGGAGAGACUUGAAGUUAAAACGAGAAAGCUUAAUCUAUGAGUUAGAGUUUGAAACUGGCUCCCAGCAAUUUGCCAUCAAAAACCUCCUUGGGGUCUUUUCCUUCUACCUGGAAGACGUGGAACAGGCCAAGGAGAUUUUCCUCCAGAUCUCUCAGGAGGACCCGGAUAAUUUGAAUGCUUGGGCCAAUCUGGCCUAUGUGUAUGACCGGCUGAACAACGAGCAAGAAGAGGCUAAGUGUGCCGAAAGACUCUCCCACCUCAUGGGUUUGGAUUCUGAAGAAAAACCUCAAGGGGCUCCCCAGCUCAGAGCUGCCCGGUGCUUAGCAGAGCAGGGCUACGCUUAUGCUUUUGAUGUUGGGCUGAUAAAUGAAGAAGAGAAGCUAGAGAAACUGACAGCUGGCCUCACUCUCUAUGGGAAGGCUCUUGCUUAUGGGAAUCAGAUCCUUUUGGAGGAGAAAAGAAGCUGGUACUUCACUAUGGCCACACUGCAUAUCAGAUUGGAUGGAAUGUGGCUGAACAAUGGUAACGAUGAAGAAAAAAGGUUGCCAGCCUACAACAGGACACUAGUUUUGCUUCAACAAGUCCUCAAAUCUUCUAAUUUAAAUUACAGAGCUCUAUCCUGGUGUUACCUUGGGAUAUUACUUGAAAGGUCAGAAACAUUUUCAACUACCCCCAUGGGUAUUCAUGAUUGUGGUUACACUGGGAAUGGUUCCCUUGACUGCUUUGGAAAGGCAAUAGAAAUAGCGAGAGAUAAUCCACCUGUUCUAAACCGUUUGACAAAAAUCUUCCAAUUCCUUGGUAAGCAAGAGAUGGCAAUGGCCGUCUGCAACAUGGCCUUAGAUGCACUGCCAGACCCAGCACUCAACUGGCAAGCAUACUGCAUGCGUGCUAAGAUGCUAAUUAAACUAUAUUUGCGUGACCUGGAACGUGUAAAGAUGGGCUUGGGGGGAAUGCCAGACCAGAAAAACCUCUCUGAUGCCAAAGCUGAUCUUGAGUGUGUCAUGAAGGUACAUCCAUGUCUGAAGACAUACCUUGAUCUCGGCCAGGUCUAUUAUUACAUGGGAGUAGAUGCCAUGCAGGAGCUUUUCCUAGUGGAUGAAAAUGCCCUGAAUACUGCCCUUGUGUUCUUUGCCAAAGCUAUGGAAUUGGACCUGGGGAAUGUCCUACCUGAAAUUCAGUUACUGCGGGGGAAGUGUCUACGAAUCAAAAAUGAAGAGCUAAAUGCCAUUAAAUGCUUCAAGCAUGCAAUAGAGCUGGAUGAUGUGGGCUCCGUGUGUACAGAGAGUUUUCGAUGUUUGAUGGAAACACUGCUUAACUUGUUCAGUCAAAAGAGGAUGAACACUGAGAUGCUGAUGCAGGAAGUAGAGCUCUGGGUAAAGAAGGCUGAGGAAAAAUAUCCAAAGCAGCGACUGCAACUGGAGCUUAAGCUAGUCUGUCGCCAUUACACAGCCGAGGUGCUUGAACUUUCAAAAGCCAUGGUGGCCAGAGGGAAGACUGAGCUGGUAAAACUGCUCUUUGAGACAAUGAAAUGUGAUUUUAACAAAGGCAAACUGAAUGAACGCUCACUGUCCUUUUGAACAGUUGAUUUCUGGGCCACAGUACAAAAGAAGUUUUCACUAAGCCUGAGCUUUUAGUACAAUAAUUUGUUUACCUUGUUCAGCAGAGAAACUAUUUUAUGAAGAGCUAUGUAAUAAAAUGAUGUAGUCUCUGGAGCGCCUGCCAAGUAUUACACUCACUCCUAUAUACAUGGAAGAACUGAGGUAUGUGGGUUGAUAUUCAUAAACGUCACCUCACAUUUUUAAUUCAGUAAGAAAUGUGGAUGUUUAAACCUUCCAAGAAAAUAUAAUACCACCUCAGAGUUGGACUCUCAAUUA